AUGCGCCUCAUCAUCCCCAGCUUCCUGGCCCUGAUAGCCUCAGUCAGGGCUGCCGGCAUCGCUGUCGUAUUGAACAACUCACCAGAUCCCAUCUAUGUUUGGUCUGUCGGCGGCACAGUCGGUCCUCGCCAUGACAUCAAAGCCGGCGGUAUCUACUGGGAAGAAAUGCAUCAUGACGAAAAGUCCGGAGGCAUUGCGAUCAAGAUGACGAAAGAGGCGGACGGUCUAAACUCCGGUGCUCCUCAGCAGGUGUGGGCAUACAACCUGGAUGGCGGGACGGUGUGGUACGAUCUCAGCACUGUCUUCGGGGCGCCAUUCGCGGGUAGCCGAUUAGAUGUUACGGGAGAUAAUGGGGGUAGCAUUGUGUGGCCGAAUGGGAUUCAUCCAGGAGGCAACCAGCUUACCAAAGCUCCGAGCGAGGGGAACAUAUUCUUUUCUAUCAACCCUGCCUGA